UUUACACUAAUUGUUUGUCGUAGGUAUGUGUAAUCCUCUAUCAUCUCGUCCUUCGUUCUUCCCCAUUGUUUGUUUCUUCAUUAAACAUAAGCUUAGUUUUCUUCAUAUUCAUCUUUAGACCUACUUUCAGAUUCUCCGUGGAGUUCCCCGAUCAUUCUUUUCUCGACGGCGCCCCUCGAAGUCAGACACCAACACCACGUCCACCGCCGGCCACCAUGCCUGACCUGUACUAUAUGGCCGCCUCCCCGCCCUGCCGCUCCGUGCUGCUGACGGCCAAGGCGGUGGGCGUCGAGCUCAACCUGAAGAAGGUGGACGUGAUGGGCGGGGAACACAUGAAGCCGGAGUUCCUGGAGAUAAAUUUCCAGCACACCAUUCCCACCCUGGUCGACGGGAACAUCAAGCUGUGGGAGAGCCGCGCCAUCUGUUCGUACUUGGCCAGCCAGUACGGGAAGGACGACUCCCUCUAUCCUAACAAUCCCCGGGCUCGCUGCAUCGUGGACGCGCGCCUCAACUUCGACAUGGGAACACUCUACCACCGCUUCACCGACUACGCGUUCCCGGCGAUGAGGGGACAGAAGCCGGACCCCGCCAAUCUGGAAAAGCUGAAGGAGGCGCUGGGGUGGCUCAAUAGGUUCCUGACGGAGUACACCUUCGCGGCCGGCAACAAGGUGACCAUCGCCGACCACUGCCUCAUCAGCAGCGUCAGCACCAUAGAGGCGAUCGGCAUCGAGCUGGACGAGUACACAAGAAUCGUUAAGUGGAUGAAGCGAUGCAAGAUCGCAAUGCCGGGCUAUAAGGAAGCCAAUGUGGACGGAGCCGAGAUGAUAGGAAGCUUCCUUAAGCAAAAGUUUGAGGAGCUAAAGGUGGAAGUGAACCCUUAGGUAUGUGGUUCAUGAAUCAACACCGAGAGGGACCCCACAGUACAAGUAAUUUUACAACACCUGAAUUAGUGGAGGUGUUGAAGGAGUGUCCGAUGAGGCUGAGGGGCCGCGAACCACCGCGUCAUGAGAACAGUAAUGAGCAAAAGACAUCUCUUGGGCAACGACUUCACGAAACCUCCAGUGGAUUAACGACAAACCUCCGCCCUACUUGUCCUAGGAAUGUCCAUCCUAAGGUGUCCUAUCCUGAGGUGUCCGCCGCCACGCCCACCGCCGUGCUACUACUUAGUAUUGUUAUUCUUGUUUCCGAACUCGUGAUUGUACAGGUCAUGAUGUUGACUGUGGAUAAAAUAAAGUGAUACAGAUGUUA